GAUGUAAUCUGUAAUUCGUACACUACUUCACAGCCCUACACCCCGCAUCUCGCCUUGGCAACUUGGCAACAUCAACUUCUGCCUAAGGUAGCUACCUACCUAGCUAAGAAACCUCGAUUUGACAUGGAAAUUUGUUUAGUUCACGUCUUCUUACAAUAUUUUAUCUUUUCAAGAUACUAUAGACGCUAUCAUAGACUCUAGUACUCAUACUUAUUAAAUUAGGUACGAUGCAAGGUUACUCACCGUUAUUAUCCCUCCCACGAGAAGUGCUUGAUCGCAUUAUCGACUUCUAUCUCACCUUUGACCACGAAGAUUUUGAGGAUACACUACGUCCCCAUCUUGUAUAUAUGGGUGACACGGCAUACUUCCGGCCGUUACCUAGCUUAAUGCUGGCCUCAAAGAAUAUGUAUCGCGAUCUUUCUCCCAUAGUUCACAGACAAGCUAUCUUGCGCGUUCAGGUUUCCGGGUGGAAUGACCGGCGAAUCGGCUUCGCUGUCCGUGGGAAACUUCGGUUCGACCGGCUAGAAAAGCUCUGGCUGCUUACGGCAACAGAGCACCCCAACUGGAAUAGUUGGUUGUCUUUUUUUGGAGAGGUUAUUGAGCGUACCAAAAACCUCAAAGCCUUGGUGAUUGAUUGGGCGCCUAGGCCUGUCGGCUCCGUAGGGUGGACUGGUCGCGUGAACGCGAAGAAGGAGGACGAGUUCUUCAACACGAUAGAAACUCUGAAGGAACUUCGCCUCAUCCAAAUAUAUGGCAACAUCUUGCCUGAAUGGAUUAGUCGGCUUGAAGGACUUGCACCGCAUGUCGUGUGUUAUCGAAACCGGUGGUGGCGGGAGCCUGGGAUGGAUUAAUUGUUCUACGUCUUUGAUUAUAAAUCUAGAAUAUCGAUUGAGCUAUAUCAUUUCAAAGCGAGCAUUUUUCUAUGGGUGUUGUUCUGGGUAUAUCCGUUCUUAAGAUAUACGUUCCUAAGAUAUGGUUGCCAGAUACAAGUGCUUCAAGGUGACACUUAUGUGGUACCUAAUAGAUGAGAACGCACACUGCUUUGGUAGCAAUGAGUAAAAGGUGGUAGGUUAGCCUAGAAACGGAAUGCAUGCUCCCCUGCAACUAAUCUAAG